AUGUCGUCGAGCAAAGAACGUGUGUUUGUGACUGCAGCAAGUGGAAAUAUCGGCAGUGGUGUUGUUCGUGGUCUCAUCAAAAAAGGAAUCGAUACGACAGCGUAUGUACGAGACGAACAGAAAGCCAAAGAUCUAUUCAAAGAUGAGCUCAACACUGGUCAUCUCAAGUUUGUCGUUGGUACCUAUUCGUCUAUCGAUGUAUUCACAGAAGCAAUUCGAGGACAUACCCGUCUCUUCCUUCUCGUUGCUGCUGCUGCUGAUAGUAAACCAGCAUCGAUGAGUCAGAUCAAAGGAACUUUUGGCAAGAUCGCUUUCGAACAAGGUGUUCGUCAAAUUGUCGAUCUCUCUUCAGCCUGUGUCAGCAGCUAUGGUAAGAAAGGCAUCAUCGGCUAUAUGCAUACGGCAGCUGAGGAAAAACUGUGGACACUUGCUGAUGAAAAUCCUGAGCAAUGUUCACUUGUUAUACUUCGUCCUGGAUCGUUCAUGUCUAAUCAUUUUAUGAGCGAUGUUCAUCAUAUCAAGCACUCAAAUAAAAUUGUCUCUUGUGGAUCGCCCUCAUCGACAGUGACUUGGAUUGAUACAAAAGAUAUCUCUGACUGUGCUGUGGUUGUUUUGAGUGAAUCAGUUGAGAAACAUGAUCGUAAUGUCUACGAUAUGGGUGCUGAUGCUUUAAGUAAUGAACAACGAGCAGCUGUUUUUUCCAAAGUGCUAGGUAAACCUAUCAUAUAUGAACAACAAUCAAUGGAAGACUUCUACAAGACACUUAUCGGUUUCGGCACGUCUCAUUCGUUCGCAUACAAUUUUGCACUGGUUUCUUCGAAAGAUAUCUGUGAAACUACUACUCCGCAAAUAGCCAUUAUUAUCGGUCGACCAUUACGUUCACUCGAAGACUGGCUCAGAGAGAACAUCAGAGCAUUUGAAUAA